UUUUAUUCAGCGUGUAAUUUUUUUAAACAGCUCAUUAUAAGAAAUUGUGACUAAAUUUCUCGCUAUUCUUUAAUAGCUUGUGAGCUCAGAAGCGUAUAGUAAUUAAUAGUCGUAUUUUACAAGCAAGACGACUUAUCAAUCAUAAUUAAUAAGAAUUAUCUGCAUUUUAUGAUUAAAAACUUAGUAAGAAGCAUUUGCAGGUGUCUUUACAAUACGGAGCUUCCAGGUUUAGAUGUUACUUGGCUAACGCAUAAAAAAACUGAGAGGUUCUUUUGGAAUUGGUACCUUACCAAUCCUAUGUAUGGAAAAACAUUUAUUUUGUAAAUACAGAAAAAUAGUAGAUCUGGAAACCACUCUAAUAGAGAAGUGAACUUAUACAUCACUCAUACAGAAGUGAGACUUAGACAUCAAUCAUUCAGAAGUGAAACUUAUGCAUUAAUCAUUUAGAAGUGAGACAUACCUCAUUCAUACAUUAGUGAGACUUAUACCUAUAUCAUUGGAUAUCAAAUAUUUUCGAACGGCUUGAAUGGCCGAACUUCCGCCAGCUCUGGCUUACCCUUGUUCCAUGAACGGUUAGCUUCCGGACAAAUCCAGAACUGAUGCAGUCGUCUCGCUGAGAGAUUAGACUGCAGUCGUUCACAGAGAUGUUGCUUAAAUCUGCCUGUACAUCCUAUAGUCCAAGAUAGAUCAAAAUAUCCACGUAGUUUCGGAAAAAAUUCAGACUACAUACAUACAGAACCUACUUUGAAUCUUGUAUCUUCAUCUUAUUAAUUUCUACAAAACUUAAGCUCAAAUUUCACUCUCACAAAAAAUAUUACUUUUUUCGCGCUGAGAAAAAUGUUCUGAGUAACAUUGAUGAUUGUAGCUUUCUCGCAUAAAAUCCGGACUAAUAAAAUCAGGUAAGGCUUCCAGCAAUGAAUAUAAAGUAUAAGGUGAACAUCAAUCGUCUGAGAAAGCUCUUCGGAUUCUCGGAAAAUGUCAGAUCCACAGCGCUUCUGCAGCUUGAGUGGCUACCUCCAACUCGGAGAAAAAAACACAAGAUGAAGCCACUCCAGAAUAAGUCAGAACCGCUCAUGAUGGAUCAUCUGAGGAAGGGAGGGAAGCUUUUAACGCAAAGAAUGUUUGUCAUCACUUUUUUAAUAUUAACUACAAAUUCUCUAGCGUACGGCUUCGAAAGCUCGUUCAACAGCAUGGGUUUAGGUCACGAAGACACAUUCGAACCAAGUUUCCAAACGAGCUUUUUAGGGGAAGUUGAUAACGUAUACUUGAAAGAGAUAGAUAAAACUUACGAAUCAAACUUAGACAGCUUAGACUCCAACGCCUUCGAAAACGACUUGCCCGACAAAAGUGACUACCCGUUGCAAAAAUACCAAGCAAAUAUGGCAUCGCACUCUGGAGAUGAUUUCACUGCACAUCACAAUAAACAUAACCACAAAGCUCACUGGCAACACAAGAAGAAAAUGACGAAGCUGCAGCAGAACAGGGAUUCUCUUUAUGAAUUCUCCAAGACUGAAGAUGAGGUCUUAACCGAUGACGUAGGAGUGACAGCAGAAGACAUCAAGACUCCAGUCAACGGCCUCGAGAACAGCGCGAAACGGGCGCGGUACAUAGGUCCGCUGUCGGAGGUCACGGCCGUGGCGGGAGAGCGCGCCGUGCUGCCGUGCGACGUCCGGCCGACCAUACCCGGCGACACGACCAUCAUCGUCCUCUUCUACCACGGCGCCGUGGGCACGCCCGUCUACAGUCUGGAUGCUCGCGACAGUUCGGUUUACGAACCAUGGAGCGACGAAAACACGCUUGGCACUCGCGCAAAAUUCGACCUGAAUUUAGAGCCCCCGGGACUCGUAAUCGACCCCGCGCUGCCGAGUGAUGAGAACCUGUACCGCUGCCGCGUCGACUUCAGGUCCUCUCCUACCAGGAACUCGAGGGUUCGGCUUACCGUCAUCGAGCCGCCGGAGCGCGUGACUGUACUGAACGAACAGGGGCUGGAAGCGUCGGGAGUGAUCGGUCCCUACGCCGUGGGCGAGAGAGUCAGGCUGCGGUGCGACGUGCUGGGAGGUCGGCCUCGCCCAACUGUGUCCUGGUGGCACGAAGAUGUUGCACUGGACAGCGAAAGCGAACAACAGAGCGCAGAAGUGACAAGCAACACGCUUAUCUUGCCACCUCUGCAGCGCUCCGACCUCUACAAGAUCCUUACUUGCCAAGGAUCUAAUAACAAUCUUACCAUUCCUGAGGCCACCACCGUCACUCUUGAUGUCAUUUUCCCGCCGUACUCGGUGCAGCUGUCGGGGCUGGAAGAGCCGCUGGUGGAGGGCAGCCACUACGAGGUCUCCUGUGAAGCUCGGGGCUCCCGCCCCCCCGCCAUCCUUACCUGGUGGAGGGGGGACGCGCAGAUCCAGCCUGUCGACGACCAGAUCCUGGUUGAGAACAACGUGAGUCGCUCACGUCUGCGUCUGGAGGCUCGCGUAGAGGACCAAGGAUCAAGUCUGACGUGUCGCGCUGAGAACCCGCAGAUCCCCAACUCUGUCCUGCAGGAUAAAGUCCCCCUCGAAAUACACUUCAGCCCACGCCUCCACCUGGCAGCGGGUGUCAGCCUGAACAUGAACAACAUCAGGGAAGGUGCUGACGCUUACUUCGAGUGCAGCAUUAAGGCCAAUCCUAAGGUCUUCAAGGUCCAAUGGAGUCACAAUGGCGUCGAGCUACACCACAACGUGUCAGCAGGCAUCAUCCUUAGCAACCAGUCCCUUGUGCUGCAGAAAGUUAGCCGGUCCUCUAGUGGCGCCUACGUCUGUUCGGCCACCAACGCCCGGGGUGAUGGUGUCUCUGAACCUCUGGAGCUCAACGUCAAAUUUGCCCCGGUGUGCCGAGAUCUCCAGCAGGCCGUGUACGGAGGCGGUAAGAACGAACACCUGAACGUAAGCUGCGCUGUACAUGCUCAUCCACCACCUUCAUCGUUCAGAUGGGCAUUCAACAGUUCGUCUGAAGUAAACGACAUCGAGCACAAGCGGUAUAGCGUGGUAGGGGAAGGUGUGAGUCAGGUCUGGUACACUCCUCGCUCCCACCUGGACUACGGUUCCCUGCUCUGCUGGGCCACCAAUGAUGUCGGUACACAACUCGAGCCUUGUGUCUUCCAUAUCAUCCAUGCGUCGAGCCCAGAGCCUGUCCACAACUGCUCUGUGUCGGACGUGGGCAGAUCCUCGGCCUCAGUGCGAUGUCACGCAGGCUGGGACGGCGGCCUGCCACAAACCUUUACUCUAUCAGUGAGUCAAGGCGAGCGUUCUGCCACCGCUGCCACCAACAGCAGUCGCAAGGGAGACCCAAGAGUUCUGGCGAACACUUCCAGUUCACCCAAGCCAGAGUUCGCGGUUACUGGCUUGGAGUCUGGAACGCAAUACGUGCUUACCAUCACAGCUGUCAACAGCAGGGGACAGAGCUUUCCUGUUAGCUUGGCAAUCCAGACAGCGGAGGACAAGGCCAUGAAGCACACCAGUCCAGUGAUAGGAACGAUGAUGCCGUUCCCUCCGAUCCUGGCUGUGGUGCUGGGGGUCACGGUAUCCUUAUUAUUUAUGUGCAUCAUCCUGGUUGUCGUGGUGCGAUCCCGACGAUCAGUCGGCAGGAAUGAAGUAAAAAUGACAGUUUAUCCUAUCGGUAAAGAGGCUGAGUCUCCAACACUCCAUGCUAUUGAAAAUAAGGUAAUAACUGAAUUCGAUUCCACUGCGGAAAGAAGCCCGGAUUUGAUUCCCGACGACCGUCCCGGAAGAGGAGCGAAAGUUCAGUGCUACGCUGGCCACGAUAUCAAGUCUUCAGCAAUGACAGCCUCGACAGCCAGCACGGUAUCUAGCAGCACUCGCAGACGUCGUGGUAGUUCAGAUAGCAAUUCCAGCACCGGGGAAAUAGCCGCGGACGCUCAUUUAAAUUCGCUGCUUCAAGUGAAGCAAUCGCAUAACAUCGACGUUUCUUACGAGAUGGACCGCGUGGCGUAUGAUGACGACGCAACUAAAGUACUAUUGCAUGGAGAGUAUCGUCAACACAAUUCUAUUGAUCCUGAUACGACAAUCUUCGAUACUGCAGAUCGUCCUGCCUAUCACUGUAAUUCAUUCGACGUCAAGAAACCGUUCCCGCAAAAUUCUUCAUCGAAGUUAUUGGAAGACGACGUGACGCCGUUGGGGCUGACCGAGCCAAAGAAACAGUUGCUGGGUAGUGGAGAACCCAUUGGCCUAACUUCAGACCCGCGCAGCAAGCAGCUGCAGAAUCAAUCAUCACGGCCGCCGUACUCCAUUUCUCCGACGCCUUCGUCUAAUAUAUUCCCACACCCAAGAAGCUCGUUGGUGGCAUCCACUCCCGAGACCAAAUUGUCUUCAGAUCCGACCGGGUCCCUGCAACAACGGUCCCAACAUCCUCAUUUCCCGGCUCCGGGAUGCAUACCUCUCUACAGGUCAUCCCACAACAAUACCCAAUCCAUGUCACCACCUCCGAUUCCCACUGUUACAACUCCCCCUACUCCAUCUUCAUCUAUUUACCAUAGUUUGCCGCGUGGCAAUCGCUAUACGGGACGGAAUGGCCCUAGGAAUCUGGAAACUACCCCGUAUCCAUCCAAUUCGAGUGCUUUUUCCACCAUAGUACGGACGAAAUCACCCAACUUGGGCACUAUCUCCACUCGAGGCUCGGACGCAUGCAACAGGGAGAGUUCUGUUUAGUAUAUACGCCGCGUAUGAUGGAAGACUCAGAACUGUAUUGAGUCUCUAGCUAGGAAGGAACUUGCAUGACCGAAAAAAUUCUGUUGCACACUCUCAUCAGUGGCAGUUUUUUUCGGAUCACGCAUCAAGUACCGGUCUUUGCGCUCAGUUUUGUCCACCAAAUGUUUUUUUUGUCCACGUCUCUUCAUAAAGCGCGACAGGAUGAGCUUCGUUUUAACCAAUCAGUCGAUGCUGUUUGCUGAGUGUUAUUAUAACAGCUAAAUUAAAUAACUUACCUCAAAUUAUAAAACUGCCAAUUUCAAAGUAAGAUGUUAAUCGAGCAUGAGAUAAACUGUAGAACACAAGGGAAGAAGAAAAUUGUUGAAUAUCCAUAUCAAGAUUGAAUUAUCAUCAGUUCUGCUCAAAUUAAAUUACGUACAUAAGCACAUAUCUAGUACGAGCUUACAUAUCAUUAAUCACUGAAAUAACUAACUUGUAAUAAUGAGAUCAUAUUGCAAAUCGCUUCUGAAAAUCUUUAAUCACUCGAAUGGUGCUGUAAUAUUGAUUUUAUGAGGAAUAGUUCACCCUUUUAUGUCACUUUCAAAAUAAAAAUAAAAGAAUCCUAGGGUAUAUUUACAAAAUUUUACAACCAUCCUCUACUAUACAGCAUAUAUUUAACAUUUACCACAGUUUAAAACAAUUGAUCACAGGUCAUGUAAUUUAAAUUUUUCCUAUCAUAUAAAACAGCAAAAAUAUACUUUAACAUUUGGCUCCGUAACAUUACAUUUGUGACUUAGGCGUAUUGGAAAAUUGUCGUGAAAUUGUGAUGGGUUAAUUAUAAUUCUCAUAAUUACUUAUAAGUUUCUUCUUAUAUUUAGAAAAUUGGAGAAAAUGUGUUAUAGCGGGUAUUGUUAAAAUAAUAUAUUUUUAAUGUAAAUCGCGAUUCGAGCUAGACUCAGUUUACAACUAUUUUUUAUAACCUUACAUAAUAACAUUCACGAAGGCACGAUAUCAUAUUAAGAUAUGAAAAUAUCACAUUUUUUGUAAGAUUUGUAUAACAAAAUGCAAUGGUUUUAACUUAAGUCCAGAGCUUAAGUAGAUUUUUUUCGUAUUGUACAAGUUUCAAGUAAUCUUGAAACGAAUCUUGAGUCGUUAUCUUGAAUCUUGAGUCUUUGUAUAUAAGUGUGAAUAUUAUUUUUAUGGGAACUAUUUUACGUCUAUGAUUCUUAGGAGGUUUGUAAAUAAUUAUAAAAAAAUAUAUAUGGAUAGAUAUGUUUUAAACCCCCAACGUAUCGCAUAAGGUGAAUUGGUUGAAGUGUGAAUGAAUGUUUUUAUCGGCAAUAAAGAUAUAACGC